AUGGAGACUCUGGAGCCAGUGGGAGUCACGGACCAGAGUGUGCUACAUCCUAAUCUCAAGGGACCACUGACUUGCGCACAGUACGAUCCCAUUACCAGAGACUUGUUCAACUACAACUUGGACUCGGGCCAUGGCCUACAUACCCCUCUUCAGAACAUCAACCAAGGCAUCCAAGACAGAUAUUCUGGCAGCUAUCUCAGGUCCGGGAACGGAUGA